AUGUCUCAUGAAUACUUUGUCGUUUUGGUGAGACUUUUGGAAGACGAAAAAAUAGAAGAGUUCCGCGUACCUGAGGAUGCAUCCGGAAAGUGGCUUUUUGAAGAAAUUUGUCGUCACCAGGGGGUUAUGCAAGAGCGUGAAUAUUUUGGUCUACGUUACCUAGAACAUGAAAUGCUUUCACCACCAACAAAGCACUGGAUCAAUCUGACAAGAAAUUUACUAUCACAACUUAAGCACACAUAUCCUCGUCAAGUUAGCUUUCGCAUUAAACACUAUCCAGCAGAUCCUAUGGUUGACCUGAGGUUACCAAAAUCUCACUACCUCCUCUAUCAUCAGUUGCGUCGUGAUUUGAUAAGCGGGAGGUUAGUUGCUUCAACUGAUGUUUUAAUUCGCCUUGCAGCUCUUGUGGUUCAAGUGGAACUUGGAGAUAGUUCAGUACAGGAUCAACCUGUGGUGUCUAUCAAAAAUGAAGGUGAACGUAACUAUUUGCAUGAAUUUCGUGUAUUACACAAUCAAACUGAACGUCUUGAAUUGUGUAUUAUAAAGGAGCAUGAGAAAUUAGAGAAUCUUUUGCCUUCUGAAGCGGCUAGCGAGCUAAUACACCUUGCCAGCAGUUUGGAGACAUAUGGCAUUGAUCCGAUUCGUGUUAAGACUAAAGCAUAUGGUUCACGACAUAUUCAUUUGGGCCUUACACAUCAAGGUGUUGCUGAAUUCAUUAGUAAUCGACGUCAGAAAUUGUAUCCAUGGUCGGCUAUUUCUUGGAUGACAUGCAAUGGCAGGGAUUUCGUCUUAGCAACUUCACAUCAACAUUCGGGACGUAAGAAAAAGACUACAACAACUAUUCAUUAUAAAUGUGAUAAUAAGUCUGUUGCACAAGCUUUAUGGGAAUGGGCAUCUGAUCGACAAUUGUUUUUCACUCUAGAUAAGUCUUCAUCUGUUAAGCCUAUUAAAUCGAAACGGGCACUAUUUCAACGAACCAGAACUUUUACAUUCUCCGGUCGAUGUCGUCGUGAAGUUAUUGGCAGACCUCUGUUAACUACUAGUCUACCCACAGAUAUAAGUACAAUGUCUGUUACUGAUGAAAAUCUCUCCUUAAAUCAUCCUACUACAAAUAAUCCAUACAGUUUAAGCAUGGUUGCCUUAUCAAAUGAUACAGGUCGUAGUAUGAAUGCAAUCAAUGAAAAUGGACACGAGGAUGGUGAAUCAACACAAACUGCACCAGCUACAUCUUUGAGUUUGUUAGCACCUCUUGGGCAUUCUCAAGUUCCAGCAUUUUCAGAACCAUCAGUUACGCGUAAUGUAGCUUCAAGUUCAGCUACUGGAAGUAUAGAAAAUCAAGAUGUUUCACAGAAUCAAUCAAAUCUUUCAGGCAAUGUUGUUGUUGUUAAUGCAAAUCAAUUAGCUCCUCUUUUCACUAAUAUACCAAAACGUCGUUUCAGUACCGAAGCUAGAAGAAGACAACGAAGGUUAUUGAAAAAACAAGCCAAAUAUGGACUAUGUCAACAUGAACAUUCUGAUAUUUUUGAUACUGAUGAUGAAUGCGAUGGUGAUGAUACAUCAUCGGAAGCUGCAGUUGAAGCUUUACAUUCUGCUGCUCAAGCUGGAGAAGCUUGGUUAGCCAAUGAAACAGCUAGUCAAACACAAAAAUCACCGGCUAAAUCAUGGUUCAGUUAUCUACGUCCAUCAAGUGGUGAGAAGAAAACUCGACAAAGUCGCUCUAUUCAAAAUAAAGACAUCCGUCAUGCUAAUCAUUCGCCACGUCUCAAUCCAAUAAUUGACAGUCCUACUUCAGACAUAGGUUCUCAAAGAGAUGCUGGAGAGGCUGUGUCUGUAUGGCGUUUUGCUGCUGUGUCAGCAGGUUUCAUAACAUUUGCAUCACUUUUCGGUUUAGCUCUUAUACUCGAGGCUGAAGUCCACUCACCCAUCAUGUCAAGUAUACGUGGUCAUCCAUGGUUAUUGGAUUUUGAUUCACGGUUUUACAGACCUAUGCGAACUGCUCUUCUUGGUUUCUGGCGUCGUUAA